UAGCAAAAUAUUACUUUUAUAAUCCUAUUUUUGCUUUGAACAUGGCGUGGGGUUUACCGAAACUGCCAGGGCUGACGUUCGCAGACCCAACGAAGACCCAGCAUCACAUGCGAGGCUCACUAAAGUACUACCAAGGAUAUCGAUUCCCAGACACCACGGUUAGAGCUCCCGGUGGUACCGCUACGGAUGUGGAUAGCAACGCUUUCGCUUUACCGGAAGAUACUAUAAUCUACGACCCUUCACUAACCUACGGCAGAGUGAAGCAGCCAGCGUUGCCAGCUGUGAUACCACAUUGGGUGCAUUACGACAAACGGUGCUUGAACUUUACGGCUUUCUUCAAACAGCCGGUCUAUGACAACCCUGAUGAAAACUAUAGAGUCCGAAUUGUUAACCUGGUGUACUUUCUCGAGGACGAUACCCUUACAGUGAUGGAGCCACGAGUUAAGAAUUCGGGAUUAUGGCAAGGAAGAAUUGUGAAGCGAGGCAAGAUACCCAAGAAUGAUCUCGGAGAAUAUUGGCACUGGAAAGAUCUGGACAUCGGGAAGGACUUUUGUAUCUACGGCAAAGUGUUUCACACGGUCUCUUGCGACCUGUUUACUAAGGAAUGGUUAGAAUCUCAAGGCGUAGAGCUUUCGAAGGAAGAGGAUUUGCCCGUGGAUUCUUAUUCUCAAAAAGAACGCUGGAAAACAAUACAGCCGCCGAAAAGAAAGCAAUCUCACGCUGAUACCUUGCGAAGGUUCCUGGAAUAUGACGGAAAAGUCCUGACGUUCAACGUUGUAUGGGAUAACCGAGACGCGGAGUUCGGCGAGCUCACGGAAUACAAAAUGUUCUACUUUUUACAAGACGAUACAGUCGCUAUUAAGGAACUUCAUGACGGUAAAGGUGGUAAAGAUCCUUUCCCUAUGCUGCUUAAGAAAAGGAAAUUGCCUAAAAAGUGGAAAGAAAGACCGGUGACCUUCCCGUCGAUUGCUCUGGAAAUUACGGAGGAGGAGGUAACGGAGUACUAUGCGCCCAGGGACCUGAUUGUGGGGCAGACUGUGUUCGUGCUCGGACGGCGGUUCCUGAUAUUCGACUGCGACAGCUUCACUCGGAAUUACUACAAGGCCAUGCUGAACAUAGAACAACCACCGCGAAUAGAAGUUCGUCACGAAACUAAGAGAGAAUUCCCUAAGAGUAUUCCUCCACAUAUCGGUAUCGGUGCUCCGGAAGACACGUUAGGUUCCUGCUUCGGACUCAUUCCAAAACCGCCGCAUAAAGACAUCAUCAAGUACAAUCUUAACGCAAACAAGUACCUUCGCUACCUUUGCGAAUUGGAUUGGAUUCACCCCGAAGAUAAAGGCCGCCAAUUCGUGCUCGCCUACAGCCUCGCUGAUGGAACGAUUAAGAUCGGGGAGAUACCACGGCGUAACUCGGGCAUACGUGAGGGCACGUUCCUCAAAGCGAUGCGUUUACAGACGCCCGAGUCGGAUCCAAACUUUCCAACGUAUUUUACACCUGAUAGAUUUUAUAUCGGAGCAAUAGUUCCAGUAUUUAAGCAUCGAUUCAAGAUAGUUGGUUGCGAUUUAUUCGUAUACCGUUACAUGACUGCGAACCCGGACAAAUUCCCUCAGGAGGUGGUUGAUAAUGUCCGCAACUACCACAUGCGGGAGGGCAAUUUGAAAGACGAAUUAGAGGAAACGUCACGCGAAGAGCAAGCGGCUGAAACCAGGGCUCAGCUGGCUAAGAUUGGCCAAGCAGCCGUCGCCGAGCCGAAUGCUAUGGAGCGUUGCCUUGCUGCCCUCGAUGUGGUGGAAGGAAGUGCUGCCCCGCCGCGUCCACCGACGCCGCCUGCCACCACUGAUCGCAUAUCCUACGACGACUCCUUACGCAUUGCUAGAUUGAGUAAGCCAACAUGCGAUAAUGUAGUGCCACUAAAAGGCAUCCUGAAAUCAAGUACCGCUCGCGACGACCACCAGAAGGUGGUGUGCUUCAGUGGACCGAAAGUUGAAGAGCGCCACGAUACAAGCAAGCCUGUGAUGUACCCGCCUGGCCAACAACCACAUUUCAACGAGGAUGAGGACUUCUGCAACCGAUACAAAGAUGCGGAUGCAGAUGAGAGAGCUGAGCGGCGUGCACGGGACGAAUGCGCGUACGAGAUUAUACCAAGCAAGCAGCUUCAGGACGCCGCUGGAGAGGAAACAAAGGAUAAAACCAAUCUACCAGGAUAUCUGGGCACAUACGGCGUUGACUGCAAAGAGGUACCCGAUUACAUGCGAUUACUACCGGACGCCUACGAGAAGGUGAAGAAACUUCGACGCGACGUGCCCGACAUCUCACCGGCAGCAACUCGCAUAGCUGACCAUCCUCGCCAGCCGGCACCUCCCGUGGACGUCUGCGUGAACCCCCCACCUGAAGACACGGGCCCGUGCGCGACCAAGAAAGAAGAUGUUUCUUUCGCUUGCCCACACGUCGAACCCAAACUACCUUGUUGUGUACCUGAUAAUAAUACUGAAAAGUGAAGGUACCAACUCAAUGUAUUUAUAUCAUCUGUAUUUUCCAUUAUAUGAAAUAUCAUUAA